AUGGCCUCUGGUGAUCUAGUGAAAAUUCUCUUGAAGACCAGAGUUUCCCGAUAUUUGGAGUGGAAGUCUUGUGAAGGAACUUAUGUGUAUCAGUUCCAGGAGGCCGGCCUGUUCUCGGGGGCAAAAUACAUCCACAAGGUGCCAGCCUCUGCCGCUGAUGGUCUCAAGUCCCCUUUGAUGGGCAUGCUAGAGAAGCCUCGAUUCAUCAACUUUGCUCAGUUCAUCAUGGGCUGGGAGGAUGACAAGCCUGCCACACACCAAGACAUUGACCCCAGGCGCCACACCAUGGCGCAGGUGUACCGGAAGUUUGGUCUCCAAGAGUCAACCAUCGACUUCAUUGGCCAUGCUGUGGCCCUGUGGCCAAAUGACAAUUACCUGAACGGACCCUGUGGUCCAACUAUUCAGAAGUGCAGGCUAUACCUGCAAUCAGUCCUGCAGUAUGGAGGUUCGCCCUUCAUCUACCCGAUCUACGGCUUGGGUGGUUUGCCCGAGGGCUUCUCUCGACUGGCAGCCAUUCACAGGGGAACUUACAUGUUGAACAAGUCUGUUGAUGGAUUUGUCUAUGACGAACAGGGCCGCGUGUGUGGUGUCCGGUCAGGGGAUGAGGUCGCAAAGUGCAAAAUGGUGAUUUGCGAUCCUUCCUAUGCCGAGCCGACCAGGACCGAGGUUAGGGGCCAGGUGAUCCGUGCCAUUUGCAUUCUUGGUGCUCCCAUCCCGGAGACGAAGAACCAGGAGGGCAAGCCUGCCCUGUCAUGCCAAAUCAUCUUGCCUCAAAAGCAGUUAAAGCGAAAGAACGAUGUUUAUGUCAUGAUGGUUUCGUGGGCGCACUCCAUUGCUGCAAAGGACAAAUAUGUCGCCAUCGUCAGCACUGUUGUAGAGACUCCAAAUCCAGAGAAAGAGAUUGAGCCUGCUCUGAAGCUGUUGGGCCCCAUCCAGUACAAGUUUGUGCAGAUCAGUGAAAUUCGGGAUCCAGUCACUGACGGCGCCGCUGACGGUGUUUUCGUGACAGCCAGCUAUGAUCCAUCCUCCCACUUUGAAGAUGCCUCCACCGAAGUGCUUGCUUUGUACCGACCUUGGGUGAGAAAGCAUCAGGGUCUGAGGGCCUCAGCAAGUAUAGAACGUGCAGAGUGUCAACAUGACCAGAUGCUGGAGGUGGCUUGGUACAAUGCCGCUACAGCUCCUCCACAGCCAAAGGAUUUGUCCACACCAAGAUCAAACCAGCCAGCUGGGCCAACAGCUCCAGAGUCUGAGAUAGAAGGCAAAGCACGCUGUGAUUCAUUCGAACCUCCAGGUCAAGAGAAAGGAGAACCAAAAGAAAGGAGCUUGCGACCGACAAAGGUAACGGUUUACCCACCUGUUCGUCUGGAGUCUGCGCCCUCCAGAGGUGGAGGCUACACUGACACACUGCUAAAUCGACCAAGCCCUGGCUACUUCACACCUGCUACCAGAUCUGUGCCACAGCCAGCCCAUGUUUUGCUGACUCCCCCAGCACCAGCCUCCAAGGUGACUGAUGUAACUCCACCUCAACCUUUGAGCGUGCCAGGAUCCCUGCCUCCCUGGACAUGCCUUUCUUGUUUGACAAGGUCUGCUGCACUUCCAGCGAAGGUUACUGUUCGGUGUAGCCCCCGCAGCCCAGCGGCUUGUGUUGUACCGCCUGAGAGCGUGAAGGAGGUCAGCCUGGAUAGCUCAAGUGGGACAAAUCCGGGUGCCACGCAGAAAGCUUCCACAGCUCGCUCAUCUUCACCAUCUGAACUUGAAUCGCGCUUGCGAGAGCUUGAGCGUAGACUCCAUGCCAAAGAAUCAGAGUGUAAGGAGCUCGAGCAUCACCUCACAGAGGUGAAGGUUUCUUUAGAAGAGCAGAAACAACGUGGAGUUUCUGAUCUGAAAAAGAGAGACCAGCACAUUGCGGAGCUGAGCCGCCGCAACAAAGAGCUCCUGGCUGCAGCAAAGAGAGCAGAACCAGAGGUCGUGCCAGUGAUCUCGGAUGGUGCUGGGGAAGAAGGCAAGGCCAAGGAAUCAGUUGCGACGGAGAGCAUAUCAUCAAAAGGGCGCAAAGAUAGCUUUGGAGAUGAUGCAAGCAUUGACAGGGACAUGCCCACGCUCGCGGCACUGCGGCAGCGUUUGUAUCCAAAGCCAGUUCCUCGGAUCGCUGUCAGCCAAGAGAGAGCCGUGAAAGCAGCGAGGCGGAAUACGCGGCAAGCAUGAGGCCCAGACCGAGUGCAUCCGAGUGCAAUAUAGUGCAAAGGAUUAUCAUUUCGAACCAGAACAAAAGCCUGGGAGAUCCUGGGAGCAAUGAUCCCAAGCAGAGCUUGUAGCUUGCGCCAAG